AUGCCCAUUCCCAUCACUAUCAUCACCGGCUUCCUCGGCGCCGGCAAGACCACCCUCAUCCUAAACCUCAUCCCUCAGCUGCGCGCACUCAACCCAGACUACAAACUCGCCCUCCUAAAAAACGAGUUCGGCGACGUCGCCGUCGACUCCCAGCUCGCCGCCAGCAGCGCCAUCGCCGGCGUUACCGAGCUCCUGCAGGGUUGCAUCUGCUGUAAUCUGGUCGGCCAGCUGGGUCCGGCUCUGUCCGAGUUAAGGGAGACGCUGGGGGGUUCGUUGGAUAGGGUCAUUAUCGAGACGAGCGGGAGUGCCUUCCCCGCAACACUGGCGCUCGAGGUGAACCGGUUGGCGAGGGAGAGUGGCGGGGAGUAUGUCCUUGAUGGGGUGGUUAGUGUUGUGGAUGUGGAGAAUUGGAAGGGGUAUGAAGAUACGAGUUAUACAGCGAGGCUGCAGGCGAGGUAUACAGAUUUGGUGGUCCUCAAUAAGUGGGAGGGGGCGGGAGAGAGGAGGUUGGAUGAGGUGCUGGAUCGAUUGGGGGAUUUGGAGGUUGACGUGGCAAAAGUGAAGAGUGAUCGUGGGUGGGUGGAUAUGAAUGUUUUGUUUGGCAUUGAUGGUGCGUUGGCGAAGGGGCUGGGUGAAGAGGUGUGUAUGGGGGAUGGUUGUGAGCAUGAUCAUCAUAAGCAUGGUGAUGGGGAGAAGCAUCACCAAUCCGAGGUUGAAGUUCUGUCUGUUGAGCUGAAGGGCGAGCCGGGCACUGGUGUUGAUGCGACAAAGCUUAUGACUCUCCUGCAGAGUGCGCCCAAGGACGAGGUCUACCGCAUCAAGUCCGUCAUGACCGUCGCAUCGCCAGCUUCGCUGCGCAACUCAGACGAGGACGUGCGCCUCCAGACACCAGCAACAAGCCCCAGCAAUCGUUACAUCUUGAAUUGGGCCUUCGGCCGCUGGACGUUCACUCCACUGGGCGAGAGCGUUACUGAACAUCAGUCGACUAACCAGGCGCUUCUCCGUAUGACUAUCAUUCUGGCUCAAUAUGAGAGCACCAAGUGGAAAAAGAAGCUCGAGGCUGGCGGUCUCAUCGAGCUCGAGAGGCCAAAUCAAGGAGAGUUGACCGUCACGAGGGUGAACUAA